AUGUUUGAAGCCAUCAAGAACUGGUUCCAAUCGGCCGAAGGGCCCAGCGCCGAGAGAAAGUGGGACGCCAAUGCCGUCACUAUGCAACAACCAACCAGCCCAUCGGCCCCUAAGAUGAGCAACACUAUCACAGAGCAGCCAGGAGCGUCUCAAUCUAUGGAUGUUCAUAUGCGGGGUGGAGGUGCGGGUGAGGCUGUGCUGGUCUCUGCUGCUUUGAAUGCUGCGAGUGCUGCUGCGGAGAUGAUGGACCCCCCAGUCCCCCCGGUCCCCCUGGUGGCGGUGGUCCAGGUUGGUGAGGCAAGUAAUGGCCGCGGCCUGUCCCUCAUACGCAAUUCUGCUGGUUUAGAGUUUGCCACAAUUGUUGUCUUGGCCUUCUUUUUAUAUUUCUCCUCUAUGUAUUAUAAUGUUCUUGCUUGGCCGGAUUUAUAG